GUUAAGCCCUUCCACAACAGCUGACAACAUUUUUCAGUGCCCAAUGCAAGGAAGAAAAAGCAAAUCACGGAUUGGUCAGCACAUCCACAGAAGAACACACUGGCUCUAGUACCUGGGAUGCACUUGUCAUUCAAAAGGGCUCGAGGGUGGACCCAAAUGCACGACUCCGACGCCGCAUACUGGAACACCUGGGCUGAAGAUUGGAGGAUGGUGCAGAGCUCCUCCUCUUGACAUAUGGAUGCAGACAAAGGCUUUACGCUUCAGGCCUGACAUGAGAUGUCAUUGGGAUAUUAGCAGUUGACCAGCGACCACCUCACCAGAACUUUGUUUGUUUAAAAAAAAAAAAAUAGGAACAUGUUGGGAAUUCAUAGGCUGCAUUGCUCAACUGUGGAAUGGGGCCUGCAAUAUUACCUUGCAGCUUUACUGAUCAUGAUCACCUGGUCUGGCCCAGUCUCACCCCUGUAUGCCCCUCCAGUGACAGCGGGUCUCCGCUCGGCUUUCUCUGCAAUACGCACUAGUAGCAUAGUAGGGGGCAAGCAGAGUGCCGUGACUUUUAACAAGCUUUCGGUCAAUAUUGGAAGGGAUUUCAAUCCAGACACGGGUUACUUUCGGUGCCGUGUCCCAGGAGUGUACUACUUCUCCUUCUCAAUGGGGAAAUUUCCAAAGAAAAUGCUGUCUGUCAUUUUGGUGAAGAAUGGGCAGGAGGUGCAUGCCAUGGCAUAUGAUGACUACCGUAAAAAGGGCAGGAAAGUUGAAAGCCAGAGCAUCAUGAUCACAUUGGAGGAAAUGGACACAGUGUGGUUGCUGUUGCAGCAGAGUUCUCAGUACGCUUUAUACAGCAAUGCCGGCCCUUACAUCACCUUCUCUGGUUACCUCGUCUAUCCUGAGACCUCUUCAAGCAGAUAUAUCAGCAACCACCUGACUCCUCACCCAAACUGUCCCCCUGAGGCUGAAUCCUGGGUCAGACAUCAACCAUCGGAGCAGCCGCGAUCGGCCUUUUCUGUGGCACGGACGUCUACGUUCAUUGGUCAGAGUCGAAAGCCGCAGCACAAGUUGCCGCUGACCUUCGAUGUAGAACUAGUCAACAUUGGGGGGCAUUUUAACAAAUCUUCUGGCAGGUUCACAUGCUACUUCCCGGGGGCUUAUUAUUUUGCAUUCACGGUGGGGAAACACCCUCGCAAGGCUGUUUCUGUGAAGCUGAUGACUGGUGAGGGUGUGGUGCAGGCCAUGGUAUUUGACGAGGACACGUCAAAGCGACGGGAGAUGCAGAGUCAGAGCUUGAUGCUGUCUCUUCGCCAGGGUGACACUGUGUGGCUUUACAGUCAGCACGAUAAUCGCUAUGCAGUGUACAGCAACCAAGGGAGGUACACCACCUUCUCAGGCUUCUUGGUGUAUCCUGAAGCCAACCCACACUCACAGACUCACAAAUAAGGGCAGAAGUCAAUAAAUGGCAGCAUUGCUGUUUAUUUUCAUUUUUAGGACAACUGUGUAAAAGUAGUUAAAAGUAUUUUGCUAUUUUGUUGUUAUUUGCAAUGGCGGUCUACAGUAUCUAAAUCUAUGAGGUGUCAAAAUUCAUGAGCAGACAUUUCCACGAGGUGGUGCUGUGACAUAAUUAAUUCAAAAGUUGAAAUUCACUGGUCAAAUGUUUCGCUUCCUAAAAUACCAUGUACAUGGAGAAUAUGAGACAGUUUGAUUGAUACUGCAUGUAAUAGGAAGUUUUAGAUAAAACAGUAUUAAAGCAUGAGGCUAAUCGUGUAAAUUUUGUAUAAUGAUCUUGUGAAUUGGACUACAUGGGUC